GUGGCAGGCAAGGCAGGCGGGGCUUUUGCACAAACCCCCUCCGAUGUCGGGCGGAAACGCCAAGGAGCAGAACCUUCUCCUGCCCGGUUGCCCGCCGUCGUCGCGACGUCGAGCGUAUAAUUAGCAGGCGCAGCGCGACGGGGCAACGGCCGACGACGAGGAAUAGACUAUAGGACACGCUGUCGCCCUCUUGCAACCCCCCCUUCCAUGCCCCUUGGCCCAGCAACCCCGCCCCCGACCCCGACCCAAGAUAAAGGCCCUCCUCCUCCCCUCGUCGUCGCGCUUGCGUGCGCGCUUGGCCGGAGGCUGGCUGGGAGGAGGAUCUGACUCCGAGCCGCGUCGCCGUGCUGGGCGCUGCGGCGAGGGAUCGGGGGCCGACCCGCCUCCCGCCACCGCUCGGAACUCGAUCGUCCUGGAGGAGACAGGAGUUGUCUGCCCUUCUGCUGAGCGCGUAUUUUUAUGGUCUCUUUAUUCUCUAUUAUAAGCUGUAGUUGCUCAGCUGAUGGGUUACCAAACAAUGGCAUCCAAUCCGGAGCGCUUUCCCCUUAUUUAAUGGGGGGAAUUCAUCUUGUCUGCAACGCACUGGUAACUGCAAACCAAAUGCACUGCUUUUAAAGUUCUCCUUCCCGUUUUCACUAGAGAGACCAAGAACAUCACAUUAGCUUUGUCCAAGGCCAGAUAAGCUGUACCUGUAGACUUCCAGUCCUCUGCAACCUACAAAAUGUCAGUGCGUCGUCGGUCAACCAGCAUGGAAGGGCUGCUCACGCUUGAUGACUGGAAAGAACGGAGAUCAGAUGUGGACAACUCAGAGGACGAGCGAAGGCGGCUAUCCAUAGGGUCACUGAAGAAAAAGGCAUUGAAUGCAUCAAACAAGCUCACACAUUCACUCAAGAAGAGGGGAAAAAGAAAGGUGGAGCAUCGGGCAUCGUCCUUCACAAUCGAAGAUGUUAGGGAUGAGCAAGAGGAGCGAGCCGUCUUCACCUUCCAGCAAAAACUUCUGGACAUGAACUUGCUGCCUGACAAACACAACGAUUAUCACUCGUUGCUGAGGUUUUUGAAGGCUAGAAAAUUUGACACAGAGAAAGCGAUCCAUAUGUGGGCUGAGAUGCUCCAGUGGAGGAAAGAAUCUGGAGCAGAUACAAUACUAGAGGACUUCAGUUUUGAAGAGCUAGAUGAUGUGCUAUGCUAUUAUCCUCAGGGCUACCAUGGAGUUGACAGGCAGGGAAGACCAGUAUACAUUGAGAGAUUAGGGAAAGUGGAACCAAAUAAAUUGAUGCACAUUACUACAGUUGAUCGCUACAUGAAGUAUCACGUGCAAGAGUUUGAGAGAGCCUUCAGGGACAGGUUUCCUGCAUGCUCUGUUGCAGCAAAAAGGCAUAUUGAUUCUACAACUACUAUACUAGAUGUCGAUGGCGUGGGUCUCAAGAACUUCAGCAAAACAGCAAGAGAUAUGUUAAGUAGAAUGCAGAAGAUUGACAGUGACUAUUAUCCAGAGACGCUGCAUCAGAUGUUUGUUGUGAAUGCUGGUAGUGGUUUCAAGCUACUAUGGAGUUCUGUGAAAGGCUUUCUUGACCCUAAAACUGCCUCGAAGAUACAUGUUUUGGGAACAAAGUUUCAGAACAAGCUUCUUGAAGUAAUAGAUGCAAGUCAACUUCCUGAAUUUUUGGGGGGGACAUGCACUUGUGCUGCUGUGGGAGGAUGUAUGAGGUCUAACAAAGGUCCAUGGAAUGAUCCAGAUAUUAUGAAGCUUGCACAUAAUAAGGAAGCAAAGUUUACAAGACAUACCAGACGUUUAUCCGAGAUUGAGCAAGGGCGGAGUUCAUUUGCUAGGUUACAUCUUUUGAAGGGUAGAAACAGUGACACGUCAACUGUGGAGUCAGGAUCUGAAAUUGAUGAUCUUGGUGCUCCGAUCAUGAGAAGCACAGUGGGGUGUAGUCGAUUGGCCCCAGUUCGCGAAGAGAUGCAGAUGAGAGCACGAGACUCUGCAGCUUAUUACAGCUGUGACGAUCACUUUGUUGUGGUGGACAAAACAGUUGACUAUGGUCGAGGAGGAUCACCGUCAGAUAAAAGCAGUGCUUCAGAAGUAAGAACUCAUGUUCGGCCACUGGAUGCUAGCACAGCAGCCCACGUGGCAGGUCCCUCAAGUAACAGGCGAGCUACAGUUGUGCCUGAAGAGGUUUCAGAUGAAGGAGUGUUCCGUCGCUUUGUCAGACUACUUCUGGCCUUCAUUGUCAAAGUCUUUGCCUUCUUUCACAUAGUACGUAGUCAGCAGGAAACGAGGGUCAACAACCUACUACCUCCUGCCGAACCAGAACUGAUUUCUGACGAUCAUCCGGCAGUAGAGACUUUCAAUGUAGACCACAUCAGUCCUGUCAUAGAGCGCCUUCAGAGACUUGAAGGGAAGGUCGAUGAGCUUGGCAGCAAGCCUCCAGCGAUUCCUGUGGAGAAAGAACGAUCCCUCUUGGAGUCAUGGGAUAGGAUAAAAUGCAUCGAAUCUGACCUGGAGCGAACAAAGAAGGUGCUGCAAGCCACUGUGAGGAAGCAACUGGAAAGCGCUGAGUCCCUAGAGGAAGUGAUUAGAUCAAGCCUACCUAGACGAAGAUUUUGUUUAUAACAAGGAACCAGUACUGCUGAAAUCAAGAUACAUCCUGUCGCGGAGAAAAAUAUGCACAGGAAUUCGAUUGGUGAUGUGAUGAAGGCCGUGCAUUCAGUUGUCCACAUUACUGGCAGAAAAGAUGGUGACCACGGAUAGUGAAAAACACGGUCCACUUAUUUAUUUUUUUCUUGUGACCCUAAGAGGCCUGUGCAUUUUUCAUGUUAACAGAGGAUGUUAGGAUGGAUGGCAUUGCAAGGGCUAGAAAAAUAGGAGAUAGAAAUGUGGAAAGUGGGGUGGUACCCGAACAACUGAACAAGUGCGCAUAUUGUGAUAUACAGGUCCGCGUCUAUGUUAUCUUUGCAAAGAAUUGUGCGA